AUGGCUGCGCAGAAGCGGCUGCGCGGAAGCGGCUGCGCGGAAGCGGCUGCGCGGAAGCGGCUGCGCGGAAGCGGCUGCGCGGAAACGGCUGCGCGGAAACGGCUGCGCGGAAACGGCUGCGCGGGAACGGCUGCGCGGGAACGGCUGCGCGGGAACGGCUGCGCGGGAACAGGUGCGCGGGAACAGGUGCGCGGGAACAUGUGCGCGGGAACAGCUGCGCGGGAACAGCUGCGCAGGAACAGCUGCGCAGGAACAGCUGCGCAGGAACAGCUGCGCAGGAACAGGUGCGCAGGAACAGCUGCGCAGGAACAGCUGCGCAGGAACAGGUGCGCAGGAACAGGUGCGCAGAAACAGCUGCGCAGAAACAGCUGCGCAGAAACAGCGGCGCAGAAACAGCGGCGCAGAAACAGCGGCGCAGAAACACUCUAUAGCCUCCGGUUACAGGAGCGUACCUCCAUGUUCAAUGUUUUUUGGGCAGUUGAACAUCUGCGCAGAAGCGGCUGCGCGGAAGCGGCUGCGCGGAAGCGGCUGCGCGGAAGCGGCUGCGCGGGAGCGGCUGCGCGGGAGCGGCUGCGCGGGAGCGGCUGCGCGGAAGCGGCUGCGCGGAAGCGGCUGCGCGGAAGCGGCUGCGCGGAAGCGGCUGCGCGGAAGCGGCUGCGCGGAAGCGGCUGCGCGGAAGCGGCUGCGCGGAAACGGCUGCGCAGAAACGGCUGCGCAGAAACGGCUGCGCAGAAACGGCUGCGCAGAAACGGCUGCGCAGAAACGGCUGCGCAGAAACGGCUGCGCAGAAACGGCUGCGCAGAAACGGCUGCGCAGAAACGGCUGCGCAGAAACGGCUGCGCAGAAACGGCUGCGCAGAAACGGCUGCGCAGAAACGGCUGCGCAGAAACAGCUGCGCAGAAACAGCUGCGCAGAAACAGCUGCGCAGAAACAGCUGCGCAGAAGCAGCUGCGCAGAAGCAGCUGCGCAGAAACAGCUGCGCAGAAACAGCUGCGCAGAAACAGUGCGCAGAAACAGCUGCGCAGAAACAGCUGCGCAGAUACAGCUGUGCAGAUACAGCUGCGCAGAAACAGCUGCGCAGAAACAGCUGCGCAGAAACAGCUGCGCAGAAACAGCUGCGCAGAAACAGCUGCGCAGAAACAGCUGCGCAGGAACAGCUGCGCAGAAACAGCUGCGCAGAAACAGCUGCGCAGGAACAGCUGCGCAGGAACAGCUGCGCAGAAACAGCUGCGCAGAAACAGCUGCGCAGAAACAGCUGCGCAGGAACAGCUGCGCAGGAACAGCUGCGCAGGAACAGCUGCGCAGGAACAGCUGCGCAGGAACAGCUGCGCAGAAACAGCUGCGCAGAAACAGCUGCGCAGAAACAGCUGUGCAGAAACAGCUGCGCAGAAACAGAUGCGCAGAAACAGCUGCGCAGAAACAGCUGCGCAGAAACAGCGGCGGACAAACAGCGGCGCAGAAACACUCUAUAGCCUCCGGUUACAGGAGCUGAAGUCUCAUCAGAAAAUCAGAAACAGCUGCGCGGAGACAGCUGCGCAGAAGCGGCUGCGCGGAAGCGGCUGCGCGGAAGCGGCUGCGCGGAAGCGGCUGCGCGGAAACGGCUGCGCGGAAACGGCUGCGCGGGAACGGCUGCGCGGGAACGGCUGCGCGGGAACGGCUGCGCGGGAACAGGUGCGCGGGAACAGGUGCGCGGGAACAGGUGCGCGGGAACAGCUGCGCGGGAACAGCUGCGCAGGAACAGCUGCGCAGGAACAGCUGCGCAGGAACAGGUGCGCAGGAACAGCUGCGCAGGAACAGCUGCGCAGGAACAGGUGCGCAGGAACAGGUGCGCAGAAACAGCUGCGCAGAAACAGCUGCGCGGAAACAGCGGCGCAGAAACAGCGGCGCAGAAACAGCGGCGCAGAAACACUCUAUAGCCUCCGGUUACAGGAGCUGAAGUCUCAUCAGAAAAUCAGAAACAGCUGCGCAGAAGCGGCUGCGCGGAAGCGGCUGCGCGGAAGCGGCUGCGCGGAAGCGGCUGCGCGGAAGCGGCUGCGCGGAAGCGGCUGCGCGGAAGCGGCUGCGCGGAAGCGGCUGCGCGGAAGCGGCUGCGCGGAAGCGGCUGCGCGGAAGCGGCUGCGCGGAAGCGGCUGCGCGGAAGCGGCUGCGCGGAAGCGGCUGCGCGGAAACGGCUGCGCAGAAACGGCUGCGCAGAAACGGCUGCGCAGAAACGGCUGCGCAGAAACGGCUGCGCAGAAACGGCUGCGCAGAAACGGCUGCGCAGAAACGGCUGCGCAGAAACGGCUGCGCAGAAACAGCUGCGCAGAAACAGCUGCGCAGAAACAGCUGCGCAGAAACAGCUGCGCAGAAACAGCUGCGCAGAAACAGCUGCGCAGAAGCAGCUGCGCAGAAGCAGCUGCGCAGAAACAGCUGCGCAGAAACAGCUGCGCAGAAACAGUGCGCAGAAACAGCUGCGCAGAAACAGCUGCGCAGAAACAGCUGCGCAGAAACAGCUGCGCAGAUACAGCUGCGCAGAUACAGCUGCGCAGAUACAGCUGCGCAGAAACAGCUGCGCAGAUACAGCUGCGCAGAAACAGCUGCGCAGAAACAGCUGCGCAGAAACAGCUGCGCAGAAACAGCUGCGCAGAAACAGCUGCGCAGAAACAGCUGCGCAGGAACAGCUGCGCAGAAACAGCUGCGCAGAAACAGCUGCGCAGGAACAGCUGCGCAGGAACAGCUGCGCAGAAACAGCUGCGCGAAACAGCUGCGCAGAAACAGCUGCGCAGGAACAGCUGCGCAGGAACAGCUGCGCAGGAACAGCUGCGCAGGAACAGCUGCGCAGAAACAGCUGCACAGGAACAGCUGCGCAGGAACAGCUGCGCAGGAACAGCUGCGCAGCAACAGCUGCGCAGAAACAGCUGCGCAGAAACAGCUGCGCAGAAACAGCUGCGCAGAAACAGCGGCGCAGAAACAGCGGCGCAGAAACAGCGUGAAGUCUCAUCAGAAAAUCAGAAACAGCUGCGCAGAAGCGGCUGCGCAGAAACGGCUGCGCAGGAACGGCUGCGCAUAAGCGGCUGCGCAGAAGCGGCUGCGCAGAAGCGGCUGCGCAGAAGCGGCUGCGCAGAAGCGGCUGCGCAGAAGCGGCUGCGCAGGAACGGCUGCGCAGGAACGGCUGCGCAGGAACGGCUGCGCAGGAACGGCUGCGCAGGAACGGCUGCGCAGGAACGGCUUCGCAGGAACGGCUUCGCAGGAACGGCUGCGCAGAAGCGGCUGCGCAGAAGCGGCUGCGCAGAAGCGGCUGCGCAGAAGCGGCUGCGCAGAAGCGGCUGCGCAGAAGCGGCUGCGCAGAAGCGGCUGCGCAGAAGCGGCUGCGCAGAAGCGGCUGCGCAGAAGCGGCUGCGCAGAAGCGGCUGCGCAGAAGCGGCUGCGCAGAAGCGGCUGCGCAGAAGCGGCUGCGCAGAAACGGCUGCGCAGAAACGGCUGCGCAGGAACGUCUGCGCAGAAACGGCUGCGCAGAAACGGCUGCGCAGAAACGGCUGCGCAGAAACGGCUGCGCAGAAACGGCUGCGCAGAAACGGCUGCGCAGAAACGGCUGCGCAGAAACGGCUGCGCAGAAACGGCUGCGCAGAAACGGCUGCGCAGAAACGGCUGCGCAGAAACGACUGCGCAGAAACAGCUGCGCAGAAGCGGCUGCGCAGAAGCGGCUGCGCAGAAUCGGCUGCGCAGAAGCAGCUGCGCAGAAGCAGCUGCGCAGAAGCAGCUGCGCAGAAGCAGCUGCGCAGAAACGGCUGCGCAGAAACGGCUGCGCAGAUACGGCUGCGCAGAUACGGCUGCGCAGAAACGGCUGCGCAGAAACGGCUGCGCAGAAACGGCUGCGCUGAUACGGCUGCGCAGAAGCGGCUGCGCAGAAGCGGCUGCGCAGAAGCGGCUCCGCAGAAACGGCUGCGCAGAUACGGCUGCGCAGAAACGGCUGCGCAGAAACGGCUGCGCAGAAACGGCUGCGCAGAAACGGCUGCGCAGAAACGGCUGCGCAGAAACGGCUGCGCAGUAACGGCUGCGCAGAAACGGCUGCGCAGAAACGUAUGCGCAGAAACGGCUGCGCAGAAACGGCUGCGCAGAAACGGCUGCGCAGAAACGGCUGCGCAGAAACGGCUGCGCAGAAACGGCUGCGCAGAAACGGCUGCGCAGAAACGGCUGCGCAGAAACGGCUGCGCAGAAACGGCUGCGCAGAAACGGCUGCGCAGAAACGGCUGCGCAGAAACAGCUGCGCAGAAACAGCUGCGCAGAAACAGCUGCGCAGAAACAGCUGCGCAGAAACAGCUGCGCAGAAGCAGCUGCGCAGAAGCAGCUGCGCAGAAACAGCUGCGCAGAAGCAGCUGCGCAGAAACAGCUGCGCAGAAACAGCUGCGCAGAAACAGCUGCGCAGAAACAGUGCGCAGAAACAGCUGCGCAGAAACAGCUGCGCAGAAACAGCUGCGCAGAUACAGCUGCGCAGAUACAGCUGCGCAGAUACAGCUGCGCAGAAACAGCUGCGCAGAAACAGCUGCGCAGAAACAGCUGCGCAGAAACAGCUGCGCCGAAACAGCUGCGCCGAAACAGCUGCGCCGAAACAGCUGCGCCGAAACAGCUGCGCCGAAACAGCUGCGCCGAAACAGCUGCGCCGAAACUGCUGCGCCGAAACUGCUGCGCCGAAACUGCUGCGCCGAAACUGCUGCGCCGAAACUGCUGCGCCGAAUCUGCUGCGCCGAAACUGCUGCGCCGAAACUGCUGCGCCGAAACUGCUGCGCCGAAACUGCUGCGCCGAAACUGCUGCGCCGAAACUGCUGCGCCGAAACUGCUGCGCCGAAACUGCUGCGCCGAAACAGCUGCGCCGAAACAGCUGCGCCGAAACAGCUGCGCCGAAACAGCUGCGCCGAAACAGCUGCGCCGAAACAGCUGCGCCGAAACAGCUGCUGCCGAAACAGCUGCGCCGAAACAGCUGCGCCGAAACAGCUGCGCCGAAACAGCUGCGCCGAAACAGCUGCGCCGAAACAGCUGCGCCGAAACAGCUGCGCAGAAACAGCUAGGCAUAAGCAGCUGCGCAGAAACAGCUGCGCAGAAACAGAUGCGCAGAAACAGCUGCGCAGAAACAGCUGCGCAGAAACAGCUGCGCAGAAACAGCUGCGCAGAAACAGCUGCGCAGAGACCGCUGCGCAGAGACAGCUGCGCAGAGACCGCUGCGCAGAGACAGCUGCGCAGAGACAGCUGCGCAGAGACAGCUGCGCAGAGACAGCUGCGCAGAGACAGCUGCGCAGAAACAGCUGCGCAGAAACAGCUGCGCAGAAACAGCUGCGCAGAAACAGCUGCGCAGAAACAGCUGCGCAGAAACAGCUGCGCAGAAACAGCUGCGCAGAAACAGCGGCGCAGAAACAGCGUGAAGUCUCAUCAGAAAAUCAGAAACAGCUGCGCGGAGACGGCUGCGCGGAAGCGGCUGCGCGGAAGCGGCUGCGCAGAAGCGGCUGCGCAGAAACGGCUGCGCAGAAACGGCUGCGCAGAAACGGCUGCCCAGAAGCGGCUGCGCUGAAGCGGCUGCGCAGAAGCGGCUGCGCAGAAGCGGCUGCGCAGAAGCGGCUGCGCAGAAGCGGCUGCGCAGAAGCGGCUGCGCAGAAGCGGCUGCGCAGAAGCGGCUGCGCAGAAGCGGCUGCGCAGAAGCGGCUGCGCAGAAGCGGCUGCGCAGAAGCGGCUGCGCAGAAGCGGCUGCGCAGAAGCGGCUGCGCAGAAACGGCUGCGCAGAAACGGCUGCGCAGAAACGGCUGCGCAGAAACGGCUGCGCAGAAGCGGCUGCGCAGAAGCGGCUGCGCAGAAGCGGCUGCGCAGAAGCGGCUGCGCAGAAGCGGCUGCGCAGAAACGGCUGCGCAGAAGCGGCUGCGCAGAAGCGGCUGCGCAGAAGCGGCUGCGCAGAAGCGGCUGCGCAGAAGCGGCUGCGCAGAAACGGCUGCGCAGAAACGGCUGCGCAGAAACGGCUGCGCAGAUACGGCUGCGCAGAAACGGCAGCGCAGAAACGGCAGCGCAGAAACGGCUGCGCAGAUACGGCUGCGCAGAAACGGCUGCGCAGAAACGGCUGCGCAGAAACGGCUGCGCAGAAACGGCUGCGCAGAAACGGCUGCGCAGAAACGGCUGCGCAGAAACGGCUGCGCAGGAACGGCUGCGCAGGAACGGCUGCGCAGGAACGGCUGCGCAGGAACGGCUGCGCAGGAACGGCUGCGCAGGAACGGCUGCGCAGGAACGGCUUCGCAGAAGCGGCUGCGCAGAAGCGGCUGCGCAGAAGCGGCUGCGCAGAAGCGGCUGCGCAGAAGCGGCUGCGCAGAAGCGGCUGCGCAGAAGCGGCUGCGCAGAAGCGGCUGCGCAGAAGCGGCUGCGCAGAAGCGGCUGCGCAGAAGCGGCUGCGCAGAAGCGGCUGCGCAGAAGCGGCUGCGCAGAAGCGGCUGCGCAGAAGCAGCUGCGCAGAAGCAGCUGCGCAGAAACAGCUGCGCGGAAACAGCUGCGCGGAAACAGCUGCGCGGAAACAGCUGCGCGGAAACAGCUGCGCGGAAACAGCUGCGCGGAAACAGCUGCGCGGAAACAGCUGCGCGGAAACAGCUGCGCGGAAACAGCUGCGCAGAAACAGCUGCGCAGAAACAGCUGCGCAGAAACAGCUGCGCAGAAACAGCUGCGCAGAAACAGCGGCGCAGAAACAGCGGCGCAGAAACACUCUAUAGCCUCCGUGAAGUCUCAUCAGAAAAUCAGAAACAGCUGCGCAGAAGCGGCUGCGCAGAAGCGGCUGCGCAGAAGCGGCUGCGCAGAAACGGCUGCGCAGGAACGGCUGCGCAGGAACAGCUGCGCAGGAACAGCUGCGCAGGAACAGAUGCGCAGAAGCGGCUGCGCAGAAACGGCUGCGCAGAAACGGCUGCGCAGAAACGGCUGCGCAGAAACGGCUGCGCAGAAACGGCUGCGCAGAAACGGCUGCGCAGAAACGGCUGCGCAGAAACGGCUGCGCAGAAACGGCUGCGCAGAAACGGCUGCGCAGAAACGGCUGCGCAGAAACGGCUGCGCAGAAACGGCUGCGCAGAAACGGCUGCGCAGAAACGGCUGCGCAGAAACGGCUGCGCAGAAACGGCUGCGCAGAAACGGCUGCGCAGAAACGGCUGCGCAGAAACAGCUGCGCAGAAACAGCUGCGCAGAAACAGCUGCGCAGAAACAGCUGCGCAGAAACAGCUGCGCAGAAACAGCUGCGCAGAAACAGCUGCGCAGAAACAGCUGCGCAGAAACAGUGCGCAGAAACAGCUGCGCAGAAACAGCUGCGUAGAAACAGCUGCGCAGGAACAGCUGCGCAGGAACAGCUGCGCAGAAUCAGCUGCGCAGGAUCAGCUGCGCAGAAACAGCUGCGCAGAAACAGCUGCGCAGGAACAGCUGCGCAGGAACAUCUGCCCAGAAACAGCUGCGCAGAAACAGCUGCGCAGAAACAGCUGCGCAGAAACAGCUGCGCAGAAACAGCUGCGCAGGAACAGCUGCGCAGGAACAGCUGCGCAGGAACAGCUGCGCAGGAACAGCUGCGCAGGAACAGCUGCGCAGGAACAGCUGCGCAGAAACAGCUGCGCAGAAACAGCUGCGCAGAAACAGCUGCGCAGAAACAGCUGCGCGGAAACAGCUGCGCGGAAACAGCUGCGCGGAAACAGCUGCGCGGAAACAGCUGCGCGGAAACAGCUGCGCGGAAACAGCUGCGCGGAAACAGCUGCGCGGAAACAGCUGCGCGGAAACAGCUGCGCGGAAACAGCUGCGCGGAAACAGCUGUGCAGAAACAGCUGCGCAGAAGCAGAUGCGCGGAAACAGCUGUGCAGAAACAGCUGCGCAGAAGCAGAUGCGCAGAAACAGCUGCGCAGAAACAGCUGCGCAGAAACAGCUGCGCAGAAACAGCUGCGCAGAAACAGCGGCGCAGAAACAGCGGCGCAGAAACAGCGGCGCAGAAACAGCGGCGCAGAAACACUCUAUAGCCUCCGGUUACAGGAGCGUACCUCCAUGUUCAAUGUUUUUUGGGCAGUUGAACAUCUGCGCCGAAACAGCUGCGCCGAAACAGCUGCGCCGAAACAGCUGCGCCGAAACAGCUGCGCCGAAACAGCUGCGCCGAAACAGCUGCGCCGAAACAGCUGCGCCGAAACAGCUGCGCCGAAACUGCUGCGCCGAAACUGCUGCGCCGAAACUGCUGCGCCGAAACUGCUGCGCCGAAACUGCUGCGCCGAAACUGCUGCGCCGAAACAGCUGCGCCGAAACAGCUGCGCAGAAACAGCUGCGCCGAAACAGCUGCGCCGAAACAGCUGCGCCGAAACAGCUGCGCAGAAACAGCUAGGCAUAAGCAGCUGCGCAGAAACAGCUGCGCAGACAGCUGCGCAGAAACAGAUGCGCAGAAACAGCUGCGCAGAAACAGCUGCGCAGAAACAGCUGCGCAGAAACAGCUGCGCAGAGACAGCUGCGCAGAGACAGCUGCGCAGAGACAGCUGCGCAGAGACAGCUGCGCAGAAACAGCUGCGCAGAAACAGCUGCGCAGAAACAGCUGCGCAGAAACAGCUGCGCAGAAACAGCUGCGCAGAAACAGCUGCGCAGAAACAGCUGCGCAGAAACAGCUGUGCAGAAACAGCUGCGCAGAAACAGAUGCGCAGAAACAGCUGCGCAGAAACAGCUGCGCAGAAACAGCGGCGCACAAACAGCGGCGCAGAAACACUCUAUAGCCUCCGUGAAGUCUCAUCAGAAAAUCAGAAACAGCUGCGCGGAGACGGCUGCGCAGAAGCGGCUGCGCGGAAGCGGCUGCGCGGAAGCGGCUGCGCGGAAGCGGCUGCGCGGAAGCGGCUGCGCGGAAGCGGCUGCGCGGAAACGGCUGCGCGGAAACGGCUGCGCGGAAACGGCUUCGCGGGAACGGCUGCGCGGGAACGGCUGCGCGGGAACGGCUGCGCGGGAACAGGUGCGCGGGAACAGGUGCGCGGGAACAGCUGCGCGGGAACAGCUGCGCGGGAACAGCUGCGCAGGAACAGCUGCGCAGGAACAGCUGCGCAGGAACAGGUGCGCAGGAACAGCUGCGCAGGAACAGCUGCGCAGGAACAGGUGCGCAGGAACAGGUGCGCAGAAACAGCUGCGCAGAAACAGCUGCGCAGAAACAGCGGCGCAGAAACAGCGGCGCAGAAACAGCGGCGCAGAAACACUCUAUAG